ACCACUGUUACAGAAACGGUAUAGGCAGCUCCGCUUGUGAAGCAAGGAACAAUAUGCAAGUUUCCAGUAACAUCCUUUGCGUCUGCCUGUGCGCUGGGCUUGUCAGCUUUGCCACGGCUGGCUUCCUGAGAGGAGGCUCCGGAGGCUCUGGAGGUUAUGGCGGAUACGGAGCAACUGGAGGCGGAGGCUAUGGUGGAUACGGAAGAGGUUAUGGUGGAGGCCUCGGAGGCUCUGGCGGUGGGCUAGGUGGCUACGGUGGAGGUCUCGGAGGCUCUGGCGGAGGGCUAGGUGGCUACGGUGGAGGUCUUGGAGGUUCUGGCGGAGGUCUAGGUGGCUACGGUGGAGGUCUUGGAGGCUCUGGCGGAGGCCUAGGUGGCUACGGUGGAGGUCUCGGAGGCUCUGGCGGAGGGCUGGGUGGCUACGGUGGAGGUCUCGGAGGCUCUGGCGGAGGGCUCGGCGGUGGUCUUGGUGGUUACGGCGGUGGUUAUCGUGGAGGAAUGGGUGGUUACGGUGGAGGGCGUGGCGGAUAUGGAGGAGGAGGAUAUGGCGGAGGCUUUGGAGGAGGCUACGGUGGAGGAUUCGGCAAAAAAGCCUACAAGAAGUGGUAGACACAGAAACUCCGGCAUACGAUCCUCUCUCUCUCUCUUUUUUUUUUUUUUGCAAAGCCUUGGGAGCAGCUGUGAUACGAAACUGUGCUGAGAACAAGAAACCAAACAGGACGAGACUUAUGGGUCGACAAUUAUUCUCUCAUGUGUGUUGAAUAAAGUUCAGUCAGAAUGACAGUA